AGGGCCAGCUCGGGCCGACGCCAGGGCUGCGGGUUCGAGACGCUCCGCCUCCUUCUGCCAAUUAGAGCUACAAGCGCCAGCAGGAACCUUUCCACUUGGUCUUACGCUGCGGUCACUGCUGAGGUUUUCAGAACUUUGCAGGAAAGGGACAGCCAGGACCUUUGCCUCCAACCCACGCCGUGCCUGCCGGCUGCCUGGGACACCCCGAGGCCUGGGAGAUCUCUCUCUCACCGCGGCACCGACGCCCCAACUUCUCACGAACGCUCUGAGCUCCCAGACUACGCAUCGAGCUCCACUGCCAAGGGGCGCGCUAGUCAUCCGGGGGCCGAUAACGCUGUCCCUCGCUUUGCCCUCCUCCUCCCCUGAGCGAGUGUGGGCACUUGAGCGUUCUCAGCGUUUCCGGAUUCGUUCCCCGCCCCGCAGCCGACCCUUUACGAGGGAUUGAGCCCAGGGGUACUGAUCUUUUACUCUGAUAUUCGACUCGACCCCCGUUUUUUUUCUCUCCGAACCCGGGUGCCGUCCGGGAUCCGCGGGGCAAGCAGCCAGCGGAGCAAAGGGGCGCUCAAGACCGCGUCGCCCGUCGGGCGCAGGGCGCACCAUGGCCGGCUGCUGCUGCCUGUCCGCGGAGGAGAAGGAGUCCCAGCGCAUCAGCGCCGAGAUCGAGCGGCAGCUUCGCCGGGACAAGAAGGACGCGCGCCGCGAGCUAAAGCUGCUGUUGUUGGGAACCGGUGAAAGUGGCAAAAGCACCUUUAUCAAGCAAAUGAGAAUUAUCCAUGGGUCUGGUUACAGUGACGAAGACAGAAAGGGGUUCACGAAGCUGGUUUAUCAAAACAUAUUCACUGCCAUGCAAGCCAUGAUCAGAGCCAUGGACACCCUGAGGAUACAGUACGUGUGUGAGCAGAAUAAGGAGAAUGCCCAGCUAAUCAGAGAAGUGGAAGUAGACAAGGUCUCCGCACUCUCCAGGGACCAGGUGGAGGCCAUCAAGCAGCUCUGGCAGGACCCGGGAAUCCAGGAGUGUUAUGACAGGAGGAGGGAAUACCAGCUGUCAGACUCUGCUAAGUAUUACCUGACUGACAUUGACCGGAUCGCCAUGCCAUCGUUUGUGCCAACACAGCAAGAUGUUCUUCGUGUCCGUGUGCCCACAACUGGCAUCAUUGAAUAUCCAUUUGACUUGGAAAACAUAAUCUUUCGGAUGGUGGAUGUUGGUGGCCAGCGAUCUGAAAGACGGAAAUGGAUUCAUUGCUUUGAGAGUGUCACUUCCAUAAUUUUUUUGGUUGCUCUGAGUGAAUAUGACCAGGUCCUGGCUGAGUGUGAUAAUGAGAACCGCAUGGAAGAGAGCAAAGCCUUAUUUAAAACCAUCAUCACAUACCCCUGGUUUCUGAACUCAUCGGUGAUUUUGUUCUUAAAUAAGAAGGAUCUUUUGGAAGAGAAAAUCAUGUACUCCCAUCUAAUUAGCUAUUUUCCAGAGUACACUGGACCAAAGCAAGAUGUCAAAGCUGCCAGAGAUUUUAUCCUGAAGCUUUAUCAAGAUCAGAAUCCUGACAAAGAGAAAGUCAUCUAUUCCCACUUCACAUGUGCUACAGACACAGAGAAUAUCCGCUUCGUGUUUGCUGCUGUGAAAGACACAAUUCUACAACUAAACCUGAGGGAAUUCAACCUGGUUUAGAAGCUGCUGCUCACUCCUCAGCCAUGCCAGAAGACCCAGUUUGCAAGCUCCCGAUAUUUUAUCUGAAAGUACUUCUGACAUCACCUGGCUCAGCUCACUGGGCUGUACCAAGUCCAUCAUGAUGCCACAGGGACAGGGACAGGGAUGGGUGAUGAAGCUUGUGAGAUAUGUGGAUUUAGCAAAACUUUUUUCUAAGUCUUUAUUCUCAAAUUGUUUUUGUAUUUCUUUUUUUGACUUGAGGCUGUAAGAUUUUGUCUAAUUUUUGAAUUUGAUUAUUUUACACAAUUUCAAAAAGCCACUGUGAUUUAGUUUUUUUUUUUUUAAUUAGUGUGUAAUAAUAGCCAUUUGAAAAAUCACAUAACAGAGUAGCCUGUCAAUUUAUAGAUCAUGCUUUGAGACCUCUAGGGUUAGUUUGAGUGCCUUUUUUUUUUUUUUAAACUAAAUCUUAUAAUUGAGUACUGAAGUAUGCCUUUACUAUGCCACCAAAGAUUUUUUUAAGAUAGUUUGUGUUAAAUUUCUAAGUCAAAUUAAUAACUGUAUCAGUACCUCUAAUUUAGUUUUGCCACAAUUUGGUCACUAUAAAACCAAAGUUGAAUAAGAUAAAUGGGCUAUACACAGCAUAUAUCUUGUAUUGGUGAAAAAUGUGCCUGUAUUUAUAUACAUUCCACUGUAAAUGACCUAGUCUUCUAAACUUAUGAAAUGGCUAUAAGCCUGCACUGUUUAACAUAUGUAAUGUAACCCCUGCCAGAGCUCUGAUGGCCACCACAGAUUUGCUGUUUGAACCAUGUAUGCUGUGCCUUUCUGAGGCUAAGAAUAUACCAUUCUGCAUUA